AUGGUGGAUUAUCAUCUGCCGGCUCUCACGGCCACCAAUGGCAAGAAGCCCAUACCCUCGCCGAAAAAAAAGACGGACGACCAUAUCCUCUGCCAGGAGUAUGCCGGCUACAUUGCACAGCUGCGUGGGCUUCUUGAAGAAACCACGGGGCAACCACCAGCGGGCGUGCGCACGGCUGAGGUUGAGCGCCGCAUCGCCUUGAUCCAGUCCGCUUUAGAAGAGGUAGAGCGACUGAACGCGAAUACCCGCUGGCGCAUCGAGCACGACAAGGCCCAACGCGUUUUAGAUACUUACAAGCGACGCAUCAAUGCGGAGGAGGAGGCUGAGAAGAGGCUACAGGAUGCCGAGAAGCAGCGCACGGCGCAGCUAGAGGAGGCACGGACCCUGCAGCUUGCCUACUACAAAAAUCGCAACGAUCGCAUCGAGGCUAAGGCGCAUCAGUGCCGGGCCCACAAUGAGCAAAUGCAGGAGCAGACGGUGAUGAAGGCGAGCUCGAAUGAAGAGCGUCGCACACGCAACUUAGCCAACCUCGACGCUGAGCGCCAACGCACGCAAAAAGAGCUGCACGACCGCGAGCAGGCAAGGCAAGACUACGCACGCAAGUUGCGCGAGCGUCAGGCCGCAAAGGACGCUCAGACGCUGGCUGAGAAAGCGCGGUUGGCUGAAAUCCGUCGGCAGGAGAGGGAAGCAAAGCUAUGCGCCAUUCGCGAGUCAAAGCGCAGCAAGUGGAUGGCAAAGAAGGAGGCCAGCAGCUCGAAGUCUGUGGUUGUGUGGAAGAACGGAGAGGCCAUCCUCGAGACGAAGCUUAAGGAUCACAACGACCUUGUAGAGGAGUUAGAGCAGCGACGGCUGCAGCAGGAAAGCCGUUACGCCGAGGAGAAGGCGGAACUGGAGGCAUACAUUCAGCAGCGCCGGCAAAUUCACGCCGUGCGGCAGGAGCGGCAACGCGAGAACCUCCGCAAACUCGUCGACAAGCGCGUGACGCGUGGCGUGGAGAUUGUGAAGGCUGCGGAGGAGAAAAAAGAGCGGGCGGAACAGGCGAAGGAGCGGCAGGUGAUGCAGUACGUCAAGGCAGGAAAGCUGCUCGAUGAAAGUGUGCGACUUCACCGCGAGCGUGUGCAAAGGCUUCAGGAUCGUCGCAUGAACGAAUCCCUGGCACAACAUUACAGGCGCUGGAACCACCGCGCCGCGCGCAUCAUGGAGGAGCUGCAUGACGCUAUGGCGGAGGAAGAAACCAGGAUAAAGGCGGAAGCCGAGCAGCAUGGCGCUGCAGCGACCAACCAGCGCGGGUCAGCGGCGUAUGCUGACAACCAGUGUUCCUGGGGAUCGGGUCCACACGUCGCCGCCCCUCAACACGGAUACCAAAUCGUGUCGCUCCCGUCCCCCACAGAGUUCGCUGUCUAG